AGCGGCCUCUUGGGCUCGAACUCCAACGAGGUUCGCGCUUUCCAAGGAAACCGCAUCCGGCAGCCAGCGUCGAGGCUAUGUCUGCUUGCCGCGUGGCGCCCAUCGCUGGGCCCCCCCGCCUGGCUCGCUCUGCCACGUCUGCCACGGGCGCGGCCAGCGGCAUGUUCGAGCGCUUCCCUUGCGACGACCCGCUGGCGCCGUCCGCGACGAGGGCGUGGCGCGGGGUGAACUUCCGCAGGGGCCACGGCGUCAACGCCGUGCGCGCCCGCGACAACUCUUCGGGCAGAGGGGUCGCGAUGCUCGCCGAGGACCCCUCCAGGUGGAAGCAGAACGUCAAGCUUCCCAGGAUGGACGCCAGCGGGCGCCGACAUUCGGAGGCUAUCGCGCAGAGUCGUGCCGCCUUCGCGAAGGUUAAGCGCAGACCUGUGACGGGCGUCGGGAAGAUGGCCAAGAGGAGGUACAGAGCUUUGGCGAAGCUGUGCGAGAUCAUGCAGUCCGAGGAGGCUUCAGACGACUUCGAGGAUAAGCUGAGGGCGCAGGGGGGUGACCUUGCGGACAUCCAGGGCAACCCGGGGAUUCGGGUCGAGCUCGGCGACGGGGAGUUGCAUAUCGGGGGCGAGCGCGCGGAGCGCGUCACCGAGGCCCCCGUCGAAGGCGGCGAGCGCGAGCCAGCCCUGGGCCGCUCGGGCUCGCGCCCGAGGCGCAGCCCGUCGGCUCGCUCGCCCAGUUCAUCCGUCGAGCCCGCUCCCGUCGACCGCAGCAACAAGGAGCCCGGGAUCCCGCGCAGGGGCGCCCCGCCGCCCAGGGGUGGCCCCCAGGCGCGCCGCGGGGUAGCAUAACGCGACCGCGCGUCAGUCGCCCCCUUGCGCCCAGGAGGGCGAGAAGGAAG